AUGGAUCUGAACACAGACACCAACGCGUCAACUACUGCCCUAAAUGUAGAGCAGGAAGAAGAGCAGCAACAAACUGAACAAGUGACCGAUCAACAACCAGAUGAUGUGUCUGGCCAGACCCCCAUAUUAUCUCAGCCAGUGAAGACUGAGCAUCAAGAUCCCCCUACUGACUCAGAGUCCACUCCUGCUCCAGAAAGCUCAGUCCAGUUGAAUGGUCUGGUCAAAGAUCACCUGUCAGUCAUCGAUGAAAAGAUGGAAACAAGUAAUGGAGUCUGCCCUAAUGCUGUAGAUGCUUCUCCUCCUACCUCUUCCCGUUCUUCUCCCCCUCGUCACCAUCAUGCUAAGACAGGCCAUGCUCAUGCUAAUGGCCAUGCCCGCCUUGGCAGCCGCUCGGGUUCAUUGAGCCAUGCUGGGUCGCCUCGCCCCUCACUCAGCCGCCAGCCCAGUACUCUCACCGAGAAUGCAGUAGAUGGCACCAAGCCCAGUGAUUACCUUAUCCUGGCCAUACUUGCCUGCUUCUGCCCUCUCUGGCCUAUCAACAUUGUCGGCUUGACCUUCUCAGUUAUGUCUCGGUACAGUCUGCAACAAGGGAACAUUGAUGGAGCACGGCGUCUUGGCCGUAAUGCGAAGGUCCUCUCAAUCGUCUCUCUUGUGGGUGGAUUUAUCAUUAUUACUGCCACCAUUGCUAUCAACUGGGGAUUUUAUUACAGAAUCCACAUGCUGCUUAGUGACAUUCAGAAGGAGGACUCAUUCAAUGUUUCAGUGACACCAGCAGAGUAUCAGUCUCUGGGUUGCAUUUGA